AUGAAGACCACGGGCAUUCUGCUCGCCUCGUGCGCAGCCGUUGCGUCGGCAAGAUUGUUCCAGAUCGAAGUGAAUACGGCCCCAGACAAGCAAGCCAGUCUCGUCGCCCAACUGGAUCAACUUCAGCGAACACACCGCUCCGUAACUAGCGGAAUUGGGGCUUCCGUCGACCAGCCAGGUGCCUAUUGUCAAGCGUACUCGGACCCCCAAGGCCGUGAUGAGCUAGGAGAGCCCUUCUGGAGGGGCCAGGCUGCUGUUUUCACAACGGGUGAUAAACCUGUGCCCAUAGGCUCGUUUUUGUGCAAGGACACCGUCGAGGGGUUGAGGGACGACGGCGACGAUGACGACGAUGACGAUGACGAUGACGAUGAUAAGAAUAAGGGAGGUGAUAAGAAGAAGGGAGGUGAUAAAAAUAAGGGAGGUGACCUGGAUGAUCAUCUGAAGGGCGAAGAUGACGACCAUCUGCAGGGGGACGCUGGGAAGGGUGACGGGGAUGGGGAUGGGGAUGGGGAUGAUGAUGGAGACGAUGACGGGGACGACGACGACGACGACUACGAUGAUGAUGACGACGACGACGACGAUGAUGAUGAUGAUGACGAUGAUCUCCAGGAUGGCGAUGGCGGGAACGAGAGAAUUGAUCUGAAGGACGACGAUUUCGAUCCGUGGAAGGACGGGCAAGACUAG